AUGCAGAUCUUCGUGAAGACGCUGACGGGGAAGACGGUGACGCUGGAGGUAGAGAGAAGCGACACCGUCGCCAAUGUCAAGGCCAAGAUCCACGACAAGGAAGGCAUCCCGCCGGACCAGCAGCGCCUCGUCUUCGCCGGCAAGCAGCUGGAGGACGAGCGCACUCUGGCUGACUACAACAUCCAGAAGGAAUCGACGCUGCACCUGGUGCUCCGCCUCCGCGGCGGCGGCGGCAAGGGUGGGACCUACCCCAACAUCGACCUCAACCUCCUCCAGCUCGCGCUCAAGUACCGCCAGCACAAGAUGAUCUGCCGCAAGUGCUAUGCUCGCAACUCCGUCAGGGCCGAGAACUGCCGCAAGAAGAAGUGCGGCCACACAAGCGAGCUAAGGGCAAAGAAGAAACUGGAUGCCAAGAGGGAAUGA